AUGGCUUCUUAUUCUGCUUCCAUGGUAGUAGCAGAGAAGAUCUCAUGGUACUGCGCAGUUUUUGCCGCCAUGCUACUGCUAGUGAAUUUUUGCCACAUGGCAGAUGAGGAGGGACCUACGAAGAUCGUGGAGCAGCAUCAGCCGUCGAUGAUAACCGCCGGAUAUUCUAAUCGACGGCCAGCUUGCGAUGAGAUAUAUGAAGUGAAAGAAGGAGAGACGUUGCAGACAAUAAGUGAGAAGUGUGGAGAUCCUUACAUCGUUGAAGGGAAUCCUCAUAUACAUGAUCAUGAUGAUGUUUUCCCUGGUUUACUCAUAAGAAUCUCUCCUUCUUUUACUUGA